AUGCCGCCCAUCCGCUCAUCCUCGUCCCCCUCGGCCUCGGCUUCGGCCUCGACCUCGGCGACCUCGCCUCCCACCGACUCCCACCCGCACGCCUGCACCGUCGAGGGCUGCGGAAAGACGUUCACCAAGCGCAAGCAGCUCUAUGAUCACCGAAGCUAUGUCCAUUCCGGCCGCACCUACGCUUGCCACCACAAGGGUUGUAGCUUCAAGGCGAAGACCACCUCGAAUCUCAACAAGCACCUGCGCACGCACGUCGAUGUCCGCCCCUACCCGUGCGAGCAUGCGGGCUGCGACUUUGCUGCCAAGACGGCCGCGCAGCUGAAGAACCACAGCCUCUCGCACCCGGCCCCCGGCGAGACCGCGCCGCGCGGCUACGUCUGCGACUGGCCCGACUGCGGCAAGGUCCUGACGACCGAGGCGAGACUGUCGGCCCACCGCACGCUGCACACCGGCACGCAGCGUUACGUGUGCCCUGUCGAGGGCUGCGACAAAAAGUACAACGGUCAGGCCCCUCUCGACGAGCACCUGAUGGUCCACAACGGCGAACGCCCCUACGCCUGCGACCACGAGGGCUGUGCUUACGCCUGCACUAACAGCGCCUCCCUCAACGAGCACAAGCGCUCGCACCUUGCCAAGGAGGAGCGACCCUUGGUCCCCUGCGACUACCUGGGCUGCGACAAGGCGUUCGUCAGUACCUCGGCCAUGGCCUACCACCGCCUUGACCACGAGCCGCUUGACCUGGCCAAGAAGCCGCCCAAGAAGAAGAAGAAGCACCGCACGGCCGCCUCGGAGGACCGCAAGCGCCGACGCCUCCUCAGGCGCCAAGAGGAAGAGGAGGCCAGGCAGCGCGGCGAGGUGCUGCCGGGCGACGAGGAAGACGACGACGACGACAGCGCCGAAAAGGCCCUCUUCGGCAUCGACGCAGCCUGCUUCGUCUAA